CGAUCAGGACUUGUUGGAAGCAUCGAUUGUUGCUGCCUCGCCCAAAUUAACGCGAUGUAUUAUGCAGAUGAAGCCAUCUCCGAGCGAUGGAGAACCUCUAGGUAACAGGCAGGCACGGGCGGCAGGGCGCUGCGAUACUGUGGUAGUCGACCUCACGCGUCACCGCAGCAGAAGAUCGAAGCUGAAGGAUUUAAGCUGCAGCAGGUCUGCAGCACGGGUUUGUUGGUAUACGAGUCUAGUCACAAGCGAUCUAGUCUUCUGUGCCAUCAAUGCAGCACAGAAGCGGCUAGACCCACUGACGCGGGGUCCAAAGCUGACAUCUCAAGCACUGAGGACACGCAUCGCGUACCAUCCAUACCAUCACGCAGAUUAUCUUUACUUGAUAGACUGUUCGCAUCUCUUCAUCGAAUUAGAAUUAUUCAUUGCAACCGAGCGACAAUCAUGUCUCAGCCCACGACGCCGUCUAUACCGGCAUUCUAUCGCAUAUUCUUUACAUACGUCGACCCCAUAAUCUGCGCUUGGGGCGCAACCAUGGACUUCUUCAUGCCCACUGUCGUCCUCUCUUCACACAUCCCCUCUCCCACCCCAGACAUCGGCCACGCCAUGAUCCUCAAGCAACGCGGCGGGGGCAUGCUAAACUUCGGCAUCAUGUCUGCCGUCCUGCUGCGAUACACAAACGACAUGAACGUCUGGCGCAUCGUCCAGUUGUCGUGCUUCGUUGUCGAUCUGGCGUACUAUUGGGCGGUCUGGGAGGUGUUGGCGAAGCAGGGCAGACUAAGUGUAGGCACCUGGCGGGCGGAAGAUUGGGGAAGUAUAGGCAUUACGGCAUUUGCGGGGUUGGUCAGACUAGCAUUCAUGGCAGGUGUGGGAUUUGGUGAAGCGUCGAGGAAAGACAAGAAGGACUUGUAGAUAUUGAAGAAGAAGUCCUGUUGCAUGUCUCAUUGGGAGUGUAUGCGCGCAAAGGAGUAGUCCGCGAGAUCCUGAUUUUGCUCCGUUUCCUAAUCCAUCAUUGUCCGCCGCAAUCUAUUGUAUCGAGAAGAAUAAGGCAGGAAAAGAUCAUUGCUGAGCUAU